AUGGCCGAAUUUCCAUACUGUCUGAUCUUAUCCUCGUGCCUUGCUUGGUUCGUUUUUCUCGUGGCAAUUGAAUUGUCUCUAGCCGAAUCCACUGGUUAUGGUUUCAUGAUCGAUCUGAUCCACCGUGACUCGCCGAAAUCGCCCUCCUACAAUCCUUCUGCGAGGCUCGUUGAUCGCCACCUCCAUGCGUUACGCCGUUCACUUUCCCGUAUCAAACACUUAAGGAGGAGAACAAAUCGUCCCAGCUGGAGAUCUUCCAAGAAAGACGUGCAGUCGGAACUCUCGCCUGCAGGCGGGGAGUACUAUAUGGAGAUAGCGCUCGGGACACCUCCUCUCCCGACCCUGGGGAUUGCAGACACUGGAAGCGACCUCACCUGGACCCAGUGCAAGCCCUGCCGCCCGUGUUACCCGCAGGAUCCUCCCAUCUUCGACCCAAAAAGGUCUUUGACAUACAACCUCGUACCAUGCCGAUCAGACGCUUGCCAUAUGCUGGGUAACAACGGGUUUUGCAGUCAGGAACGAACGUGCCAGUACAAUUAUGGCUAUGGAGACGGGUCCGUCAGCAAAGGCGAUCUCGCGACUGAAAGCAUAACCCUGGGGUUGAACUCAAGCCUUCCGGUCACGGUUCCUGGUGUACCUGUUGGGUGCGGGCACAAUAAUACCGGGAUAUUCGACUCUAAGGGCUCCGGGAUUAUCGGUCUAGGAGGGGGUCCCCUUUCUCUAAUCUCCCAUAUGGAUCACUUAAUCCAAGGCAAGUUCUCCUAUUGCCUCGUGCCAUUCACGACCCCGAACGCCACCAGCAAGAUCAACUUUGGCGAAUGUGCUAUCCUCUCGGGCGAGGGCGUCGCCUCAACCCCUCUCAUCAGGAAGUCGCCUGGCACUUUCUACUACAUAACCCUAGAGUCCAUCAGCCUCGGGACGAAAAAUUUGCCUCCCAAGAUCAGUAAUGCUAAGGAUUUAUCGUCCUUGGCCAAUGAGGUUGGGAACAUGAUCGUCGACUCCGGCACGACUUACAACUUCAUACCAACAGAACUCUAUAAGCCAUUCGAGUCAGCUCUUUUGAAGGUUAUUCAAACUCCACAAGUCCAAGUCCCGGAGAUGGGGCUUUGUUUCAACACCACAACGGAUCUAGCUGCCCCACCUGUGAUACUCCAGCUGACCGGUGCAAAUCUGCUGCUCAAGUCGGCUAACAUUUUCACUCGAUUGUCAGACGAUGCAGUGUGCCUCACGAUCUUUCCUACUCGCGAUGUGCCCAUUCUUGGUAACUUUGGACAGGCGGAUUUCGAGGUUGGAUUUGAUCUUGAGAAGAGGACGGUCUCGUUCAAGCCUACAGAUUGCACCGGCUCCAGUUGA